ACAAUCUCGGAUCCUUGAAUUGACUCUCCGGCAUCCAUGGAUCGUGCUUUAACUUCCCGUUUUGACAUUCCGUCUACUUUCUCCCCUUUCCGAAACAGCCGUACGAGUUCUCCGGCCAUCACUCGACGAUUCGCGCCGGCGAUUGUUUCCGCGAAACGAUCUCCGAUCGAUGGAGUGAGUGAUGAGCUGAAUCUAAUCGCCUCUCAGGAGUUAGAUCAAGCUCCAGCACGAAGGCGAGUGCGUUCCGCUUUUGCUGACUUGCAGCAGCAGCUCGAUCACUGCUUGUUCAAGAAAGCUCCGAUUGGGAUCAGAACAGAGGAGUGGUAUGAGAGAAAUUCGAAAGGGGACGAAAUUUUCUGCAAGAGUUGGUUGCCUGAAGCCGGCGUUGAAAUCAAAGCGGCGGUGUGUUUCUGUCAUGGCUAUGGCAGCACUUGCACUUUCUUCUUUGAUGGCAUAGCAAAGCAAAUAGCAGGUUAUGGUUAUGGCGUCUAUGCUAUAGACCACCCUGGUUUUGGUCUCUCAGAUGGUUUACAUGGUCACAUCCCAAAUUUUGAUUACUUAGCUGAAAAUGCUAUUGAACAGUUCACCAAAAUGAAAGGGAGACCUGAAUUGAGAAAUGUGCCCCGGUUCCUAUUCGGACAGUCAAUGGGAGGAGCUAUUGCCUUGAAAAUUCAUCUGAAAGAACCUCUAGCUUGGGAUGGUCUUGUCCUUGUGGCUCCAAUGUGUAAGAUUUCAGAAGAUGUAAAACCUCCUAAGCUAGUCCUGAAUGCGUUAAUCUUGAUGUCAACACUAUUUCCGAAAGCAAAGCUCUUUCCAAAGAAAGACUUGAGCGAUAUGUUCUUCAGAGACCCGAGUAAAAGAAAACUGUGCGACUAUGAUGUGAUAUGCUACGAUGACCAAACGCGUCUGAAAACCGCCGUUGAACUUUUAAAUGCCACAAGAGACAUUGAAAUGCAAAUUGAUAAGGUAUCGUUGCCAUUGUUGAUACUACAUGGAGCGGCAGAUAGAGUCACAGAUCCAACUGUGAGCAAAUUCCUUCACGAGCAAGCAAUCAGCCAAGACAAAACUCUAAAACUCUAUCCAGGUGGCUACCAUUGCAUUCUAGAAGGUGACACAGACGAUAAUAUUUUCACCGUAAUCAACGACAUCGUUGCUUGGCUCGAUGCCCGCUCCGCUCCCAAGUAAAAUGAGAGUAUAUCUCCAAUGUCCUACCCUAUUUAUUAUUGUCUUACUCUCAUUUGAAUAAAGUUGAAAAAAACAAAAAAAAAAAUCUGACUUACAAUGAAUACAUAAUCUUGGCCCUUGCUUCUUUAGCUAGUGCCUUUAACGCUACUUCGGC